GAGAGAGAGAGAGAGAGAGAGAGAGAGAGAGUCCCAAAGCAGUAAUGGAGGUGGUGAACAACGAGUUUGAGGUGGGCGAAUGCAAGGGCCAAAAGCUCGUUGACGGAGAGCAGAUGCCGCUGGUGCUCCGCCCAGCCGAAGCCCAAAAGCGAGGCCUAUGCUCACUGGUGGCAACGCUCAAGGCCAACAAGGUGUGGUUCGAGGAGAAGCUGCUGCAGCACAGCGCCGUCCUCUUCAGGGGAUUCGACGUGCGCGACGCCGAGGGCUUCAACGAGAUCGUCGAUGCCUUCGGGUGGGACGACAUUCGCUAUGUCGGCCCUGCGCCAAGGACUCACGUCCACAAGCGCGUGUGGACCGCCAACGAAGGACCCCUGUCCGAGUUCAUAUACUACCACCAUGAGAUGGUUCUGAUCAACGAAUUCCCCACCAAGGUGAUCCUUUUCUGCCAAGUGCCGCCGCCGGAGGGCGGUGAGACGCCCUUCGUGCCGAGCUUUCGAGUCACGGAGAGAAUGCUUGAGGAGUACCCCGACAACGUGAGGGAGAUGGAGGAGAAGGGACUGCGAUACACCUUCACUGCCGUCAGCAAGAACGACACCACCUCCAUGAGGGGAAGAGGAUGGGAGGACGCCUUCGGCACAUCCGAUCCGGUCGAAGCAGAGCGAAGGGCCAGGGCACUGGGAAUGAACAUCGAGUGGCUCCCAAACGGCGGGGCGACGACCAUCUUGGGGCCGCGGCCCUUGACUCGGGUCUUCCCGGGGAGGAAGGCAAGGCGCAUGUGGUUCAACACCGUCGUCGGCAUGCAUGGCAAGGAGACCAGCUCGGCGACCAUGGCGGACGGGUCGGAGAUACCCGAACACGUCGUGAAGAGGUGCGGCGAGAUCAUCGAGGAGGAGAGCGUGCAGUUCAAGUGGGAGGAAGGGGACGUGCUCUUCUUGGAUAAUCUGGCCUUGCUCCAUGGGAGGCGGCCUUCGCUGCCGCCGAGGAAAGUCCUCGUUGCCACCUGCAAGUGAACUGGUCCUUCCAAUAGCCAACAAUAAAAGAUCAACUGUGUUAAGCAUCAA